AGAGGUUACUUUUUUGGGGAGGCAAAACGGGUGAGCUAAGGAGGGGACAACUGCGUCGUCGUUCUGGUGAGUCAAAAUACUACCAGCUUUUUUUGGGAAGGGAAAGAAAAAGGGGAAUAGUAGUAGUAGUAGGCGGAGGAGGAAGAGGGGAGAGUGAAUGCAAUUUCCAGUGGAGGAGAGGAGGUUCGAUUUGAGUACCAUGGAGGAAGAGAAGGAUACUAUUAUGGAGGAAAAGAAGGAUACAGAGACGGAUACUAUUAUAAAGGAAGAGAAGAAUACGGAGAAGGAUACUGUUGUAAAGGAAGAGAAGGAUAGUGAGGGAAAGUUUGCUUCUUUUGAGGAGAAUAUAGAUCUUAAAGAAGAAGGGACGGUUUUGAUGAAGGUCGGUAAAAGGGGGAGACCGUCCAAAAAACAUAAGCAAAAGAGGGAAAGGUCGGAAAACAUUGAAUCUAGAGAGAAAGAGAUUUAUUUGAAGAAAAGCAAUAAUCUUGGUAUGAAAAAGAAUGUUGUCAAUGGAAAACUAGAGGAGAAAAUUGAUAUUAAGAUUGAAGAGGAUGAGGAGGAAGAGAAGGUUGAUUCUCAUCAUCAUAAGCCAAGGAAGUCACAUGAAAGAGCUAAGAUGAAGUUAAGUGAAUAUACGCAGAAAAUGGUUGAAUGGGAUGAAGAAGACCGCAAUACAAAAAAGGAAAAAAAAGGUCCAGGUAGGAAGCGUGGCAUCAAAACACAAGAGAAUGGUAAUGAUCAUGAGAAAAUUGCAAGGAAAGAAUCUGGAAGAAAGAGAACUAUGGAGAAUGGUGGAGAUUCUGGUAGUAGAGAGGAGGGGAAUGGGAGUAAAAAUCAUAGGGCCGACGGAGAAGAUAAAGUGGAAGGAGUUGGAAGAUAUGGAUAUGGUAUGCGUGAAAGAAAAGUGAAAGUUCCGCAAGAUAAUCCAUCAAAUCCCCGUAGUAGAAAGAGGAAGGAUGAGAAUGGUAAUGAGAUUGAAUCAAAUAUGUGUCAUCAGUGCCAGAGGAAUGACAAAGGAAGGGUUGUCCGGUGCACCAAGUGUAAAACAAAGCGAUACUGUGUUCCUUGCAUGACCACAUGGUACCCUGGGAUGCCCGAGGAGGCUUUUGCAGAGUCUUGUCCUGUUUGUUGUCAGAACUGUAAUUGCAAAGCAUGCUUGCGCUUGGAUGGGCCAAUAAGGGCUUUGAAGAACUCACAAUUUGAGAUUAGCGAAGAAGAAAAGCUUGAAUAUUCUAAAUUCAUUUUGAAAAAACUUUUGCCUUUCUUGAGAAGCUUUAAUGCAGAGCAAGUGACGGAGAUGGAGAUUGAAGCUAAGAUUCAAGGGUUACCGGUGUCAGAAUUAAAGUUGCAGAAGGCAAAGUGUCAGAAGAAUGAGCGGAUGUACUGCAACAACUGCAAAACAUCCAUUUUUGAUUUUCACAGAAAUUGUUCUACCUGCUCCUAUGAUCUCUGCCUUACUUGUUGCCGGGAGCUUAGAGAUGGUCACCUAAAGGGAGGUGAAAAAGAAGUCAUCAUAGAGUUCGUUGACAAGGGGGUUGCUUAUUUGCAUGGUGAUAUGGAAGCUGAUUCUGUACCAGCUACCAGAAAUGGAACUUCAAGAAGGGACAGAUCAACCAAGAAAAUGGUUGAAGAUGAUUCUGUGGGUGAUGCCAGGUUUGCAUUUGAAAUGGAACCUGGGGAUAAUGGAAGGCUUCUGCCAGAGAAUUCUGGUGGUCCAGCUGGUGAAUGGAAAUCCAAUGAAGAUGGUAACAUCCCGUGUCCACCACAGAAUCUUGGUGGUUGUGGUAAGGGAAUUUUAAAGCUGAAGUACCUGAUGGAAAAGACAGUAUGUCCAGUCUCUGAGUUGUUGGCAAGAGCUGAAGAUUUUGCCAAAAAAUUUGAAUUGGAAUGCAUGCCUGAAAUUCCUCAGGGAUCAUGCUUCUGUAGGAAUUCAGAGGAUAAAAAUGAUAUGCAGAAAAGUGAAAUGUGUAAAGCAGCAUCUCGUGACGGUUGUGACGACAACUAUUUAUACUGUCCAACAGCUAAGUAUCUUAAGCAGGAGGAUCUGAAGCACUUCCAAUGUCACUGGAUGAAAGGUGAGCCUGUGAUUGUCCGCAAUGUGCUUGAGACUGCGUCAGGGUUAAGCUGGGAGCCCAUGGUUAUGUGGCGUGCCUGUCGCCAGAUAAAGAAUUUAAACCACCCUCUCCUUUUGGAUGUCAUUGCUAUCAAUUGCUUAGAUUGGUGUGAGGUAGAAGUUAACAUCCACCAGUUUUUUAAGGGAUAUAUGGAAGGUCGAAUUGAUAAUGCUGGCUGGCCCCAGAUUCUGAAGUUGAAAGAUUGGCCUCCAUCUGAUUUAUUUGAUGAAAGAUUACCUCGUCAUGGCGCGGAGUUUGUCAGAAGCUUGCCUUUUAAGGAGUACACACAUCCACAAAAUGGCCACUUAAAUCUUGCUGUCAAACUGCCAACAGAUUCGUUGAAGCCCGACAUGGGACCAAAGACAUAUAUUGCUUAUGGAGUUCCUCAGGAGCUAGGGCGUGGAGACUCUGUGACUAAGCUGCAUUGUGAUAUGUCUGAUGCGGUGAAUGUGUUGACACAUACUCAAGCAAUAAACCUGACUCCUAAGCAGCUUUCGGAAAUGGAAGAAGCGAAAAGAAAACAUGCUGACCAAGAUAAAAGGGAACUUCAGAUGGCUGGGGAUGAGAAAGCAUGUAAAAAAGAAGAGUCAUCUGAGUUGAUUAAUGACCACUCUGUGCUCAGUGAGAGAUGUAGAAGAGAUGAAAAAACUGAUCCUUUUGAAGUUCAAAUCUUGAGUAGUGAACCAGAUUGUGGCAAUCAGUCAAUUAUUCCAUCUGCUUCUUGUGUGGAACCAGAGGGAGAUAUUGGUGAGGACAUGGUAAUAAAUGGUGCAAUCAAUUCUACUAGCAAUUGUGAAGCAAGUGGAGGAAUUAAAAUUGAUAAUGAUAAAAGUGAUGUGUGCCAAGAUGACCCAGUGAUUGAAAAAAAUGAAGUAUUUGUGGAUAUAGAAGGGGGUGCACUCUGGGACAUCUUUAGAAGGCAAGAUGUUGCCAAGUUGGAGGAAUAUCUCUUGAAGCACUUCAAGGAAUUCAGGCAUAUCUACUGUUGCCCGGUACCACAGGUUGUUCACCCUAUACAUGAUCAAACAUUUUACUUGACUGAGGAUCACAAAAGGAAGCUCAAGGAGGAAUAUGGAGUUGAACCAUGGACCUUUGUUCAAAAAUUGGGGGAUGCAGUUUUAAUACCUGCGGGCUGCCCUCAUCAAGUUAGAAACUUGAAGUCCUGUAUAAAAGUUGCUCUUGAUUUUGUGUCUCCCGAAAAUCUUCAUGAAUGCAUCCGUCUGACUGAAGAGUUCCGCACUCUUCCACAAAAUCAUAGGGCCAAGGAGGACAAGUUGGAGGUGAAGAAAAUGAGUAUUCACGCAGUGAGAGAAGCUGUAGCUGUAUUGGAAAAGAAAUUGACUGGCAAGAGUGAGGAAAAAAAAACACAAAAUCACACCGGUAAGGAAGAUGAUAAUGAAAAUUCAGAGAGAGGUGAUCAGAAUUGGAAUUGCCAGGAUUUAAAAGGUGACAAGACGAGGUUCAGCAGAACGAAAGAGGAUUUUGAGAUGAUUUGACAGAGGCUCUAAGUGAAGCACUUUUUGGAUUAUGAAUAUGUAGGAUUAUUCUAACUGAAGCACUUUUUGGUUAAUAUGUAGGAUUAUCCAUGUUUGGCUGUAUUUAGUUAAAUCCCCUUGUAUAUGGGCUGACUAAUUUUUCUUUCAGUUUCUGGGGCCAUUUAUGUGCAAUCUUUAAGUUUUGGGAAAGAAUGAAAAUGGCCCCUGGGCCAAACAAUUGCCACCAAAAAUGACCAUCGAAUUAUAUCUCCGUACUGUAGAAAGAAUGAAAAUGGCCCCUGGGCCAAACAAUUGCCACCAAAAAUGACCAUCAAAUUAUAUUUCCAUACUGUAGCCAUUUGACCUCUUGA